CAGUAGCUUCCAAAUUCUGCCGGCCCGUUACGUUAUCCAUUCAGCAUCAGAACCAACUCGCCUCUCUCUCUCUCUCAUCCAUUCAGGAUCAGAACCAACUCGCCCCUCUUUCUCUCUCUCUCUCUCUCUCUCUCUCUCUGUGUGUCCGACUGCUGCUUCUCGUUAUGUUUUUCUAUGUCUCUCUCUGUUGUAUGUAAAUAAAUGGAUGAGCAGUAGCUGGAUGCAUCAUCCCCAUCAAAUCCAGCAACAAUGCUGGGCCUCUGCACCUUAUCUGAUCAAAUCCCAACCACCACUUCAGUGGCCAGUUUUCCCUACCCUGUACCCAGAAAGCCUUCCUUCUCGCUAUGUUCUCUCGACUUUGUUUCCUCGCCUUCUUCUUCUUCUUCUUCGAUCUUUCGGCGUCGUGUUUUCAAAAGCCUCCAUACCCGAAAACCGGAAACCGCCGUCCCCAAUCUCAAACGACUCACCUCUCGGAUUGGCGAACUCACUCGCCGCCGACAGCUUCAUCAGAUUUUUGAGGAAAUUGAGGGUGCCAAGAAGCGGUAUGGGAAGCUGAACAAGAUUGUGAUGAAUGCGGUGUUGAAGGCUUGUGUUUAUUGCGGGGAUGUGGACUCUGCUCUCAGGGUGUUCCAUGAAAUGUCCAGGGAUGAGGAAAGCUGCGGGGUGGACGAAAUCACCUAUGCUACUCUGUUAAAGGGUUUGGGGGAUGCUCGAAGAAUUGAUGAAGCAUUUCAAUUACUUGAAUCUGUGGAACAAGGUACUGCUGUGGGUAGUCCAAAGUUGUCCGCUCCCCUUAUCUACGGUCUAUUAAAUGCUCUUAUUGAAGCAGGGGAUCUACGGCGUGCUAAUGGUCUUCUUGCACGUUUUGGCUUUCUGCUAAACAAAGGCCGGAAUCCAUCAAUCUUAAUUUACAAUUUGCUAAUGAAGGGAUAUGCAAACUCAGGUCUUCCUCUAGCAGCAUUAGGUGUGCAUGAUGAAAUACUGCGCCAAGGAUUAAAUCCUGACAGGCACACAUAUAACACUCUAAUCUUUGCUUGUGUGAAGGCUGGAAAAUUUGAUGCUGCACUACAUUUUUUUGAGGAAAUGAAGGGCAAAGCAAAAAAUACUGGCAAUGAUGAUCUUCUCCCGGAUGCUGUCACCUACACUACAUUACUGAAGGGCUUUGAAGAUGCAAAGGAUCUUUCUCUGGUUCAAAGGAUUGUGGUUGAAAUUAAAUCGUGUCAUAAUUUUCCAAUAGAUCGAAUAGCCUAUACUGCUAUAAUUGAUGCAUUGCUUGGUUGUGGCUCAAUUAAGGGUUCUCUCUGCAUAUUUGGAGAAAUAUUAAAACAAGCAGGUGGAAAUCCUGAUCUGAGGCCAAAACCUCACCUCUAUCUCUCCUUGAUGCGCACUUUAGCCGUUAAUGGAGAAUAUUAUAUGGUAAAAAAUCUGCAUAAACGGAUGUGGCCUGAUUCUUCCGGUAAUAUCUCCCCAACGACUCAAGAAGAAGCAGAUCACCUUCUGAUGGAGGCAGCUCUAAAUGGUGGUCAGAUUAAUGUGGCUGUGCAAAAUCUCUCAAGUAUCAUAAUGAGAUGGAAGGGAAUACCUUGGACGAGUCGGGGAGGAAUGGUUGCUAUACGCAUUGAAGCUUUGCUUGGUUUUACAACAUCCCUAUUUAGUCCGACCUUACUCCCUCAGGUAUCAUUGGGUGAUCCAAUUGAGUGCAUCAUGACCCCAAUUGAAGAUGCAAUUCCAUUACGAGCUAACUUGGACUUGAAAAAGGUGAUCAUGUGUUUCUAUAGAGACACUGUUGUACCAAUCAUAGAUGACUGGGGAAGCUGCAUAGGACUUCUGCACCGCGAAGACUGCAAUGAGUUGAAUGCCCCACUUUCAUCAAUGAUGAGAAGCCCACCUCCUUGUGUUACAACCUCCACAUCGAUCGGCCGCGUGAUUGAUCUUAUGCUGGAGAAGGGGCACAAAAUGGUGGUGGUUGUCAGCCAUAGCAGCCUUUAUGGUACAUCUUACAGCUCAAGUUUGAGGGCCGUUGGAGUUUUUACAUCUGAACAAUUAUAUAAGCUUGCUGUACCUGCAUCAGAAACACCACAGCAAGCGUCUCGUGUCUAUCUAAGUCAAUUGUGAAGUUAGAUACGCAAAGGUUUAGUUAUUCUUCUCCCUCAAUUGCAAAUAAAAUUCUCAAGAGAUAGUGAACUUCUGCUUAAUUUGGGCACGGUGAUCUUGAUCUUUGCGCAACUUUAGUUGAUUGAUCUGCGUCGUGCUGUUAGGCAGAGUGGUGAAAUGCUGCAUCCUAAACCCCAAGCCCUAAUACAUAUCAAUUCUUGAGCCCCACUAUCAUCCACUACAUUCAAAUAGAUCUGGGGUUGAAUCAUUUUUUAAAUCUGUUCGAAUAUUUUAUAUUUAUGUUAAGGCAGUAAAAGCAAAAGAAGACAGAAA